CACUACCUCAACGGGCGCGCGGGCUCCCCCGCGGCGCUGCGCGGGCUGCGCGCGCUGCGCAAGGCCGGCCUCAAGAGCAUCCCAGGAAUUGGCCAUAAAUACUACCUGCAGUUCACUACCGAAGACUACAGAAGCAGGGAAAACGUUGGGAAUUGCCUUGCUACAGUGCUCUUUGAGAAGGGAAGCUCUCCUCCUGCUGUCACUAUCAACUGUGUAGAUACCAAAGAUGAGAAGCAAAUCCAAGAAGAGGACAACAAACUUUACCAAAAAAUAAAGCAACAAACCAAACCAAUAAUUGCAAAUGACAUUCCAGACAGCUAUGGAAAUAUUGAACCUGCCUUUGAGCCAGUGUGGGCUUUGGCUGUUGUUGGCAGCAGCAAAAUAAUGUGGGAAAAAUCAACAGAGAACUUGAGUUACUCCAUGGCACAAGUCAAGUCUGCGAAGCAGUGGAUAAGGCAAGAUGAUUUUAUUGAGUUUGACUACACUGUCUUACUUCAUGAAAUUCCAACACAGGAAAUGAUUUCAUGCCACCUGCGUGUCAUUUGGCUUCCUGGUCACCCUCUGAAAGUAAAGUACUUCUGUGCUUCAGAGAAUCAGUGGUUUGAGGAGACGUCUGGAAUGGAAUCUGGAUCUGCUGCUGGAAUUUUACAGGAAAAAGAAGAAAAUUUUUGAGACAUGAUUGUCAGUUUUGUAUAAACAUAUAAAAUGGGAGAACCCUCGAGUUAAUAAAUCCAGAGUUGUGAUAACUUUUCUAUACUAGUCACACUUCAGUGACUUUAAAUGCUUUCACUAGACUGUUUCAGAAUGAAUCUCUGAUUUCUUAAAUGGUAAAAACUCACACGUUCUACAGAUCUGCCUAAACAAAUUUUGCUACUAUAUACAUUCAUAGAUAAACAUACACAGGCUGAUGUUAUGCAACUAAGUGAACAAAGUUAAUAUAUUUGGAUAAAAAUCUUGAGGAAAAAAUAUUACUCUGUCACUGUUAUAAAUACUUGUCUACUAAAUCUUCU